GUUAAUGAAAAUCUAAAAAUCCAGACUAAGUCAGUUUAACAGUUGAUAAAAGACUUUAAAAAACCCAACUAUAUUUGACAGCCAGUUGAAAGUUCUGUUAUUCCUAUACAAUAUUGAGAAAUUAGCUAAAAAAGUUAUGCCUUAACUGAUUUAUGAGAAAAAAACAAGUGUUUUUUUACAGUCCAGAUUGGUAAUAAUCUGUUAAUAAUGUCUGUGUGACAAUGGAAGACACUGUCAGUCGGAGCUCUCUAGAUUCUUCUUCUACUGGUGAUGAAUAUGUUGUGGUCAAUGGGGAACCAAAGCUGAGGAUAACUGGAGAUAUACGAGAUAUAAAUGAUGAAAUCCUUGACAGAAUGGCUUCAUCAUCAACACUAACCUCAACAGAUUCUUUGAAUAAGGAACCAGAGAAUGAUUUUAAUGAGCAUCAUGCAAUACAAAGCAGCCAAUCAGUGGAUGAAUUGUCAUCAAAGCUACAGCAACAAAAUGCAGCAAGAGAGAGAUCAGUUUCACUUCCUGCAACCUCUCUGGAGGAAACUGACACAGUGUUCAAUGGAGUUACUUACCUUGGAUGUGCUCUUGUCAAUGCUCCAAGGAGUGAGGUAGAAAUCUACAGGAACAUGGCCAUAUUAAACGAACAAACACAGAUGGUGAUACCUAUCAUUCUGUCCGUGCCAAAUACAUCGAUAGGGAAUAUCAGACAGGAUAAAUUGGUUCGGUUAAUUGAUCCAACAAAUGAUUCAGAAAUAGCAAACUACAAAAUCCAUCGUAUUCUGUUCUGUGCUCGAGGACCUAAUGAAAGUAAUGAAAAGAAAUGUUUUGCUUUCACCUGUAGUCAUGGUGAUUCUGCUGACAAUGCAAUAUUCCAGUGUCAUGUGUUUAGAUGUGAAAUACAAGAAGCUGUAGGGAAAAUUUUAUAUUGCUUUGCCACAACAUUUAGAAAAGUUCCAAAAGAAAUGAAAGAGUCCAAAAUUAUGUUGGAUGAAGAAUUUGUAUCGACAUUUUCUGUCUCAUUAGAAUUCAAAGAGGAUGAUGGGAAGAAUAAUCUUACGACUUGUCCAAAGGAUAAAAAUAUCUUCAAAUUUAGGAGUAACUAUGAAAAGAAAAUUGUCAUCAAUGUCUCACAGACAGGAGAUACAGAACUUAUGAUCGAAAGGUGUUUUGGUUUGUUGAUAUCUCCUGGAAGAAACGUUAAACAUGCUGACAUGCAACUGAUUGAAAUGAAAUCCAUGGGAUAUACGGAUGGUAAGAAUUACUUGGUAUCAGGGAGUUGGGAUCCAACAGAAGAAUGUUUCCUGGUACUUAAUACAGAGACACCUAAAGAUACCAGAGUAUUCCUGACAGUGGCUGUAGAUUUAGUGAUCCAUGGAAUCCAGGAACCAGUUAGAUUUGCUAUAGAAACCAAAGCCAAGAUCUUCCCAAUGACUGAAAGGUUCUGGAAUUUUACAAAACGUCCUCAUCAAGAACUUUUUCACAUCAACUUAAAACAGUCUGAUGAUGGAAUGUUUGACGUGGUCAGUGUAAACAGCCAAACACAAAUAGAUAGACAGAAAGCUGGAAUGAGUUUACAGGGUCUAAACACAACCAGACAAAAGAUCCCUGACGAUAUAACAACUCCACAGGACCCUGAGGAAGAAUCAGAUGGAGAUGAGCCACUUUUAAGUGGAUAUGGUUUUGUUAGUAAAGAGAUCACAGAUGAAGAUCUGUUGCAAGCGUGGCAUGAAGUUCUGAAGAAGUGGCAUCAAAAUUUAACACAGAAACCUAAACAAGUUCAUCAUUUAGUGAAGAAAGGCAUUCCAGAAGCACUCCGUGGAGAAGUAUGGCAACUUCUGGCUGGUUGUCAUGACAACUCAGAUCUCUUGGAGGCUUACAGAGUAUUGAUAACUAAGGAUUCCCCCAAUGAAGAUGUGAUACAAAGAGAUAUAAAUAGAACAUUCCCAGCACAUGAUUUCUUCAAAGAAACAGGAGGACUGGGACAGGAUUCUUUAUACAGAAUAAGUAAGGCAUAUUCCGUGUAUGAUGAAGAAAUAGGAUAUGUUCAAGGCAUUUCCUUUGUAGCUGCUUCCUUACUGCUUCAUAUGCCAGAAGAGCAGGCCUUCUCAGUGUUGAUAAAGAUUUGUUUUGAUUAUAAAGUAAGAGAGCUGUUUAAACCAGGGUUUGAAGAUCUACAUUUAAAGUUUUACCAGCUCGAAAGACUGAUGGAGGAUCAUAUUCCCGACUUAUUUGAACAUUUUACAGAGAUGGGUUUAGAAAUUCAUAUGUUUGCAUCACAGUGGUUCCUAACGCUGUUUACUGCCAAGUUUCCUCUUCACUUGGUAUUCCAUAUAUUGGACAUGUUUCUGUCAGAGGGCAGCACAUUUCUGAUGGGUGUGGCAGUGGCAUUAUUAAAGUGUUCUAGAAAAGACUUAUUAGCACUAGACUUUGAAGGUAUACUGAAAUUCUUCAGAGUGAGCUUACCAAAGAAAUAUAGAGGGGACACCGCUGCCAAAGAAUUAAUUCAGGCCUCUAUCAAUGCAAAGGUAAAAACCAACAAGUUAAAAAAAUAUGAAAAAGAAUAUUUAGCAAUGAAGGAGCAGUUACUACAGCAAGAAAAUCCAGUGGAAAAAUUUGAGAGAGAAAACCAGAGAUUACUGGACGCUAACAUGAGGCUGGAACAAGAAAAUGAUGAUUUAGCACAUGAAAUGGUGGAAAGUAAGCUGAAACUGGGAAGUGAAUUAGACAAGCCAGAAAUUGAGAAAGACCCACUAGAGCAGUAUAAAGACCAAUGUGAAGAACUGUCUAGUGAGCUAGUCGUGACUAAAAAAUUACUCAAAGAUAUCCAAGAGGAAAAACAGAGAUUAGAAGUAGAGUCGUCACAGGUUAAAGAAAUGUGUAGAAGGGAACUGGAAAAAUCUGAGGCUGAUGGUAAAAGGAAUGCUGUAAUAAUUGCUGAUUAUAAACAGAUUUGUUCUCAGUUAAGUGAAAGACUUGAAAAACAACAAACAGCAAAUAAAGAAGAAAUAGGAAGAAUUAAGGGACAAGUGAAGUCCUGUGACAACUGUUCAAAGAUGUUUAAAGAUGACGGAAAGAUACAACUUCCUGAACCAAAGGUUGAUCCUGAUUCUCUGAACCCUAAAUAUCUAGACCUCCAUGCACAGAUUAGAGAGCUUGAACUCGAACUAGCUCAAACAAAGUUAGCUUUAGUAGAAAGUGAAUGUAAAACACAAGACUUGACACAUCAAUUAAACUCUACUAUAACUGAAUUACAAUCUUCUAAAAACACUUGGUUCCAAAAGACUAUCAACUCUCUUAAAGAGGUGACAAAUCAUAAUACAAAGAAGGAUCCAAAAGACUAAUGUUCAGGAAUUACAAUCAUUUAAAAAACACUCGGGUUCAAAUGACUAUCAACUCUAUAGAGGAGGUGACAAAUCAUACAAGGAAGGACAUAAGGUUACUUUAGUGAAUUACAAUAAGUUUUAGGAACUUGGCAACAAAAGACUAUCAAUUCUGUGAAGGAGGUGACAUAUAAGGACAGAACUAAACAACUAGUUACGUUAAAAAUUUUAUUUUGAAAAAGAAAAAUGGAUGGAUAUGUUUCAGUUGUUUUAUUUGUGGAUGAAAGAUUUUUGUAUUUAUGAGUUGAAUCUAUAUCAGAGCAACAGUGGAUGUAGAAUGUGUGGUUUUAUGAAUUUGUUUAAGUUUUGUUUUUGUUUUGAAUGUUUAAGGCUGUGAAACUAGUUGUUGAGGGAUUUCAGAUGUAUUUAUUUUGUAAGUGUGAGCUGAGUAUUUUAUAUAAUUGCUGAUUACCCAAUGUUCCCAUUGAAGAAAACAUUUUGUGUAAAACACAAACAAAGAGGAAAAAAUAGACAAAUUAUACCUGUUUUACUGUCAGGUGAUCAGUAAUUGGAGAGGGGGGAAUCUGACAUUUUUUACUCUUAACCAAUUUGGUUUUGUAGGGAACAAAUCUGACAUUUAUACUGUUCUUUCCAAAAUGAAAAAAUAAAUUUGGGAAGACACAUAAAAAAAACAUUGGCUUUUUGUGUUUAUAUCCUGUCAUUCCAUAUAGACCUAGAGCUUAACUUAGAAAUCCUCUAAUGUCAGGGUACCAAAUUUGCUGAUAUUUGAGUUUUUUCACCUCCAAUUAUUUAAGAAUUAGACAAAAGUUUUUGUUUUGAAUUUUUUUGUAGAUGUAUCCUUAGUUACUACAUACUUUCAAUUUUGAUUUUGAAUCUAUAUUGAUCAUAGAAAAUGGAUUUGACCCAUCAUCCAAACGGUCUAAGAUUCUGUAUUGAUGAGUAGAUUUUACUUUUUUCAGUGGAGAAGUUUAUGCUUAAUAGGUACAAUUUAGAAGUCAUUUUAUGCAGAAAGCUUAAAAUAUAAUCUGAUUUUAGUUGGUCCAAGCUUGCUUUAAUUUGUUUGUGAGGAAAUAACUGAAAUUGUAAUGACUGGAAGAUGAUACCAAAGACAUACAGAUUUUAUAACCCUUCUCAAUUUAUUACCUCUGGAAGUCCUUGCAGAUUAGCUACUGCUUUAAUAUGCAUUGUUUAUUUUGAGGGCAUUGAACAUUUUGAUUUGAAUGUUUUCCUUUCCUUUCAUUUGUAUACAGAUAUUUAUAGAUGACAGGGUUGAUUUACAAUGUUGAAUGCAUUUAACAUUAAGGAAUAGUUUAAUUGGUUAUAACUUUUGUUUUAUUUUAUGAUCUUAUUUAAAUAUAUGAUAUGGCCGUGAUCAACUUUUCAAAAUGACUGUUUCAAGGGAAUAAUUUUAGGACUGUUGGAUGGCUAUUAAAUUGUAUAAUCUGAUUGGUUUAUGACCUAAUUGUUCAACUCUAUAUGCAUGGGAAUCAUAUUAUUUUGGGUUUUUUUUCUGAUAAAAAGAAAACGAAUCAGUUUAAUACAGCUGUUUUCCUUGAUACUCAUACUUUAUUUGUUUCCUUUUACUCCUGGCUUCAGGUCACAGUUUGUUGUUAUAUUUUACAGCCGAUUUCAUUGAGUGUGUAGCUAAAGGUAAAAUCUUUGGUUAGCUUGCUUGCUAGCUGAGCAGUGAAGUCAUUAUUAGUUAAGAUGGUAAGGUAUACUACACUCCUUUCAAAGUAGCCUAGUCCUAUAGACAGGUAGAUUGGUUUUCUGUCGGAUUAGUCUAUUCUUAAAGAGGGUAGUUUACCUAACCUAAUAAUGACUUCACAGUUUAGCUAGCCAGCAAGCUAACUAGAAAUAUUACCUUUAGCUACACACUCAAUGAAAUUGGCUGUAACAGUUACUAGAAAGUAUGUUAAUUAUCAAGUUUCUUCAUACCUCCCAAAUCCAUUUUAAAGGAAUAUCCCUCAUGAAUUGUUAACAAGUUUGUUUUACACAUGGUCAAGUUUUGUAUGUAAGAAGCAAACAACUGUAUGAGUUUGUGGUAAAUGGUAAAUUUUUAAUUCUAGUCAUUUUUUAUCACAAUGGAGUGAUACAUGUUGUAUAUAGUUUUGUUAUACGAAUCAUUUUGGCAUACUUUUGUGAUAUAUUUCAAUUUCAUACAGAAUUAUUUAUUCCAUCCAUUUGGCAUUUUAAUCAUUUAAGACACAUUUUUACCCACCUAACCAAGUCUUAGCAUUUUAAUGAGGUAUUAAGUUCAUGGGCUUUAACAGUAUUGCCAAGUUCCAUUUUAUUUUUCUGGCAGAAGAAUCAAUAUCUUGUGAUAUUUAUGUAAUAAAGAUAGCAAUGCUUUUAAAAAAUGAAAGCACUAUUGUGCAAUUAAUAUUUUUCCAUCUCUGCUGCAUAAUUUAGAAAUAAAAUAAGACAGGUUUCAAAGAAAUGGGUAGUGUAAUUGCCACAUUUACACACUAAGAUUUUUUUUUUAAAUACAUAAUUUUAACAUGUUUACCGGUUUAGUUUUAUUUUUUCGGUUAAGAAUAUGCUACUUAAAAAGAUCAACAAAAAAUGAUUAACAUAAAGACUUUAAUUUUUUUUACAAUAAUUUCAUUUGUUGAAAAAAGGUGGUCUUGAUCUUGUUACCAGUUUACUAAAGAUAAUUCAACCCUAAAAUGCUUUCUGAGGUUUAUUGAAAUAGCUUUUCUCAGGUUACCUACUACACACUUUAAAAUGAAUUAACCAAUAUGGUAAUCAUCAGGAAAUGAUGUUCUGAACAAAACACAACAAAACAGAACUUUUCAAGAUUUAUCAUCUUAAUUUGUUCCAGCCAGUUAUUCCACUUGUAAUUUUAGUUUCUGCAUUUUUUUGCUGCUGAGUAUACUCUAUACUGCCAUAGAUAUUUGAUGAUCUGCUGAUCAUUAUUUAUACAGCUGUCAUUGUUAAAGACAGUAAUUUUAAUGAAAUAUCAAUUCUUCAUGUCUAGGGUCAAUUCAAUGGUAGUCAUAUUAUAAAUGAAUUCCAAGAGUUGGUCAUGUUUGUAUACUGUACUUAUUAACCAAUAGGGUUUCAAAACCAGUCUCAUUAUAAACAGCAAACAAUGUGCAAUUUAGUGCUAAAAUACGAUAUUGAUAUUUAGCUUUUUUAUUGUUGUACAGUGUAAAAUAAUAAUAUUACAAAAAAAUCCAAUAAAUUCCAGAUAUUUAUCAAACAGUUA